AUGUCGCAGAGAGGCUCGGUGCCGCACCUUGCUUCUCUCCGGUCUUCGAGAUCCCCUCCCGGACGUGACGAGGCGUCUCCCCGCCAGCACGUGUCGGCCACCGGCAACAAUGACGGGCGGCCCGAAAAUAGUGUGGGACCUUCGGACGGGUUUGGACGGCCCCAGCAGCAAUCAUCCAAGUCGCUGGGGGUGCAUAACAUCUUGAAUCCUUUCGAUUCUCGACAUAUGCCACCUGAGGAUGCUGCGCGUUCGGCAACAGAGAGCUCCGGCACGUCCACGCUGGCGGGCGGGCGAAUAUAUGCCACCUCACGGACAUACUAUCCAGCUCCCACGGCGGCUAGCUCUCACCCGGGAACUCCUGUCGGAGGUAUGGCUCCCCGUGGCAGACCCCCGUCAUCCGAGCGGAACUCUCCCGUGACAGGCUAUCCCUUCCCACCGUUGAAUGAUGCAAGAACGGGCACGAGCCCACGGCUUCCCAGGGCCACGAGUUUCAGCCAGGCUGUUCCGCCGAGGGAGAUGGAGUCUCGACGACAAUCGCUCUUGUCUAGUUCCUCGCCAGCCAAGCGACCAUACGAGGUUGAGCCUCCGGAGGAACAGAGACAGCUUCCAGCCUUGCCUCCUAGCUUAGGUACGACUCUUCCAGCAGGUCACUCAAUAGCCACACCGCCCGCGGCCCCCGGGCAUCCCGUGUCACGUCCCCCAGAUGCGAUGUACAUGUCGCAGCCGCCAGUGCUUCCCAGGGACGCCCAGGGUCGCCCGCAGUCCCUCCCUGCACAUCCUCAAUUUCAACAGAGUGGCGUGCUCAGCCGGCCAAUGUCGGCCCUGGCGGGCCCUGAGCAAGGAUCAUGGUCCGAUGCAAUGCGCCGAUCUGGGAUGGGUUCCAACAUCGCCCCAGCAGAAGGCCAACAAGCGUUCAUGACGUUGCCUGGAAGCGAUACGCCGAUUCCGGUUCAAGUCGACUACUCGCAAGCCUCGAAGAAGGCGGAUGAAAAGCGACAGCGCAACGCAAAGGCCUCUACGAGGCAUCGCCGGAAGAAGAAGACGAUGCAGGAGGAGAAUAUGCGGCUCUUGCAAGACCUCAAGGACGAACGUCAACAGAUGGCGUUUGAGGUAGAUGAUCUGAAGCGGCAGAGGGACUUUUACCGCGAGGAGCGAAACAGACUUCGCGAGAUUGUGGCUCGCACCGCUGGCAUCCACCAACACGCAGCCGGCCCACCGACUCCCCCGAUGCGAAGCAUCGAAAGCCUUGCAGACAGGAGUCCGGGAUCGCGUUCGCACAUGCCGACUCCAACGCCAGGGUACGCGAGCGAUCCGUCGUCGGCGGAGCGGCCAUCGCAACGACGAAGGACGGAGGACCGACCGGAGUACACAACGUCUGCGUACGGUGCUCCCGCGAGCGGGCCACAUCAGGCGAUGGGCCCCGGGGUGGGUAGCAGCCAAGCUUAUGGAAUGCCUCCCCGGCCGCUGUCGGCCUCGUCGUCGGCCAGCGGCGAAAGACUGCCGCCUUUGCGAGCCAUGGAGGGGCCUGCUCCCGUGCAAGGCAUUGGAGGAAGGCAACCGCAAGAGCAGGACCCCAGAACCGGACAGUGGCGGCCAGCGCAGCCGCGGCAAUACGAAACAGGCUGGGCGACGGGGGCGAGGAAGACGCACGAGGGACACCCGGCGCAGGGACACCCGUCUCAUCCAUCACAAUGGCAGUGA